CCCCCCCUCUCUCUCUCUCUCUCGCCCCUCGUGCUCGUGUCCGCAAACGCCCCCUGCCCGGACCGUUCCCCCACCCAGCUUUCCGUGGUUUGUUUUGUGUUGUCUCACGCUCCCUCGCGGUAGACAGCCCCCCUCCUUCUCCACUCCCUGGAGUCCCGUGCACCAUGUCCAACCUUCUGCUGAGCGGCAAGAAGCUGAUGCAGGCGGCCGAGAACUUUGUCAUGAACUACCCGCCGAUCGUGGCCAAGGUCCGCGAGGCGACCAGCAACGAGGCCUGGGGCUCGUCCAGCACUCUCAACCAUGAGAUUGCCCAGGCGACCCACAACUAUGCGGACUUCCCCCAGAUCAUGGACGCGGCUUUCGGCCGGCUUCUGGAGGUGGACAAGUGGCGCGUGGUCUACAAGGCCCUGCUGCUGAUUGAGUUCCUCAUCUACAACGGCUCCAGCCGGGUGGUGGACGUCGCGCGCGAGCGCCAGUACGAGAUCCUGUCGCUGCAGCACUUCAGCGAUGCUGUUGACGAGAAGGGCCGCGAUGUGUCGAUCAAUGUGCGCACUCGGGCCAAGCAGAUCCACGACCUGCUGCAGAACAAGGACGCCAUCGUGCAGGGGCGGCUGACUGCCCGGCAGAACCGCGACAAGUACAAGGGCCUGAGCUCCAACGAGGGCGGCCAGUAUGGGGGCUUCGGCAGCUCCGGCGGCGGGUCUUCCUACCGGUCGGCCGGUGGCGACAGCUAUGGCAACGACUCGUUCAGCUCCUUCGGGUCGUCCUCGGCCGGGGGGUAUGCCCCUCAGCCGGCGGCUCCGGUGGCUUCCAGCGCGGAGCCCGUUCGCCCGAUGAUGGUGGCCCCCUCCUCGUCGGCCUUCACCGGCGGCGCGUACACUCCCCCGGCUUCGGUGGCGGCCACCGAGACUUCCCCGGCCCCGGUGGCCUUCACCCCGGCCGUGCAGAUCAAGAUGCGCCCGGCCGCCGCUGGCGCGGGCGGCGCCCCGGCCAAUGACGGCUUCGGGGACUUCGGGGACUUCGGUGCCCCGAGCGGCGACGGCUUCGGCGACUUUGGCGCUCCGACGUCGGCUCCGGCCCCGGCCCCGGUUGCGGCUCCGGCUCCGGCUCCGGCCGCCGCCACGGCCGAUCUGCUGGGCUUCGACUCGUUCAGCGCGCCGGCGUCGGCCCCGGCCGCCGCGCCGACCAGCAACACCGGUAGCAGCAGCGGCUUCGGUGCCUUUGGCGACUUUGGCGACUUCUCGACCCCUGCGGCGCCGACCACGCCGGCUCGGGUCGCCCCGGGCCCGGCCAAGCCCCAGACCAAUGUGCUGGAUCUGUUCUCGGACUUCAGCUUUGAGCAGCCGGCGGGCGGGCCCGCGGCGGCCGGCAGCAGCCUGGCCGCCCUGCCGGUGACCCCGGCCGCGCAUGUGGCCCCCUCGUCGACGGCGUCGUCCUCCGGGUCGACCGCCUCGUCGGGACCCGGCGCGGCGGUCCGCAGCCCUGACUGGGUGGACUCGCGCCUGGUGAACUUGGACAACCUGCGCAGCCCGAGCGCCAGCGGGGCCGGCGGCAAUGCCGGCAAUGCCGCCAAGCACACCCCCAUGAACCAGAUGGCCUCUUCGGCCCCGGCCCCGGCCAUGGGUGCCAUGUCGCCGAUGGGCGGCAGCUACUACGGGAACCUGGGUGGCGCCAGCAUGAGCGCCAGUCCGGCCCCGGCCGGGCGUGCGCCUGCCGCCGCUCCCUCCGCGGCCUCGGCCCCGGGCACCGGUCUCAACCAGUCCUUCGACUGGGCCUUCUGAGUGAGGCGGCUGUGCCUGUAC